AUGGGCCAGCAGAAGUACGACGCGGCCAUACUCGGAGCGGGCGUGAUCGGCCUCUCUAUCGCACUCAAUCUACAUCAACGCGGUCUCCGGGUCGCGAUCGUAGCUCGGGACCUCCCUGAAGAUAUAGCCAGCACGGCAUUCGCCAGUCCUUGGGCUGGCUGCAACUGGUAUCCCUUUGACAAUACCGGAGACACCCCAUCCUCCGCACGCGAGACAAUCACAUUCCCAUAUCUCGACAAGCUCUCCACGGCGCAUCCGGAGCUGUGCGAGCGGAUACCGUUUUACUCGGUCUGGGACCAUGCCAAGCCACCAGGGGAGGACGAGGUCUGGUUCAGGGAUAUCGUUGGCAGUUACGAGCGCGUCACGACCAAUAUCCCCGGAAACAAGGCGCACGGCCGGCGUUGGACAUCCUUCAUCCUGCAUGCGCCUCGAUAUAUCGCCCAUCUCGCCUCGGAACUUCGACAAGCAGGCGUACCUAUCAUCCGACAUUCACUUUCGAGUCUUGACGAGGCAUACACGUACUCCGACCUGGUCAUCAAUGCUCUGGGACUAGGGGCAAAGUGGCUCCCUGGCGUACAGGACGAUAAGGUCUACGCAGCAAGGGGCCAGACUAUACUCGUGAAGGCGGAGAAGUGGAAAAAGGUGUGCGUCAUGCAUGUGGAAGGUUUCAAUCCUGCUCCUGGACAGAAACUGCCUGAUCCAGCAUACAUCAUCCCACGUCCCGGACCAGACCACCACUUCAUCCUCGGCGGGACAUACCUCUCCGGCAAUCACGAUAUCUCUCCCGACCCAGCCACAGCAGAGCGGAUCCUUAGGGAAUGUAAGGCGUUGAUGGGUGAUACGGAUGGGAGCGGGCAGGGUGUGGAGAUUGUGAGCCAUAAUGUCGGUUUGAGGCCUGCUAGGGAGGGCGGCGCCCGGAUAGAGCUUGAACGGAAGGUAGUCAAGGGCAUCAAAGUGGGAGUUGUGCAUGCUUAUGGGUUUGGGUCGGCGGGGUAUCAGCAGAGCUGGGGUACGGCGGAGGAGGUGGCGGGGUUGGUAGAUCGGUAUCUGGGCAAGGAGCGGGCUGCGCUCUGA